UUUCACAACUAUUCACUCACUCACUCACUCACUCUCACUUCAAUUCGAUCAAUUCAAUUCACAAUUUUUUCUUUGUUGAAGAGUGUUGAAGUUUGAUCGUUUUUCUGUCAAUUUAUUUGCAUUGCAUUUCGUUAAAAUUCUGUAAAAAAUUUAUAAUAAUCGUCGUGAAAUUGUUACCGUCGUAUUCUCCGAUAAUCUGAUAACCUUCUCACUUCCAAAAUUUGUUUCUCAAGUAAUCACGAGUAUAGCUGACAAUGUCUUCUCGACCAAAUCAUCGCAGAAGUCGUGAUAGAUCACGUGACAGGCAUUCACAUGACAGGCACGAUAGUGCAGAUCGAGACAGACAUCGCCACAAACAAGAGAGAAAUUUCCGCGACGAUAAAAAAGAACCAGUUUGGGGUAAACCUGAAAACUCGCCUGCCAAAGAACCGAAAAAAGAGAAAGAAAAGCCCAACUUCCAAACGACUGGAAAACUAGCAGAAGAAACAAACACAUUUCGCGGAGUAGUUAUCAAAUAUAGCGAACCUCCCGAAGCUCGAAUACCUAAACGAAGGUGGAGGCUUUACCCGUUCAAAGGCGAAAAAGCAUUACCAGUUUUAUACAUUCAUAGGCAAAGUGGAUAUUUAAUGGGUAGAGAUAGAAAAAUUGCCGACAUUGCCUUAGAUCAUCCUUCUUGUUCGAAACAACACACAGCUUUUCAGUUUAGAUUGGUACCGUUUAAAAGAGAUGAUGGAAGUACUGCGCAGAGAGUUAGACCUUAUAUCAUGGAUCUAGAAUCCGCUAAUGGAACGUUUAUAAAUAAUAAGAAAGUUGAACCUAAACGAUAUUACGAAUUAUUCGAGAAAGAUGUUUUAAAAUUUGGCUUUAGUUCUAGAGAAUAUGUUUUAUUGCACGAACAUAGUAAAGAUUCCGAUGAAGAUGAUAAUAUGAAAGAAGAACCGGGAACCAAAAAAAAAAGUUGUUGAAAACUGUAAUUCAUCACUUCUAUAGGAAUCAAUGGCGAUCAGUACACAAGUUUCUAUGUCUACCAGCAACUUAAACUAAACAAAUCACGAAAUACGUAUCAUAGUUACAUGCGCGAAUUGUGACGAAUGUUGUAAAAUACAUAAAUGAUAAUUUA